AUGGACGCCCUCCCCGAAGAGUUACUCGUCCACAUACUCAACCAUCUGGUCCCCACCCCAUCCCUACUCACACGACCCCUGACACCGACAGUGCAUGCCCUUUGCCUCACCUCGAGGAGAUUAUACCGCCUCGCAAAAUCUCACCUAUACGCGCAUAUACAAAGCACAUCUGGCUCAAUGGGGAUCAGCCUCCUACGGACGCUGGAAAAGAAUCCCGACCUGGCACAACGCGUCGAGCAGUUUGUGGUCCAGCACACCAACGAGCAAAACGACGAAGCCACGAGCCAGAACAAAGACAUCGCCGUGCGGACGAUCCGGUUGCUGUCGAACUUGAAGUCUUUGGAUGUGUCGAGAUGUGAAGCAAGCUUCAUAUGGUGGGACCUAGCCGUUGAUCCCCACUCCCUCUCGCCCGACGACGAAAUCCCUAUGCGCGGCUACUCCAAAGAGCGCUCCGUCCUCAUUCCCUCGCUCCCGCAUCUUCGCACCCUCUCCCUUCGUCUCCAAGACAGUCCAGCCCGCUGUAUCCUCCCCUACCUCAAGCUGCCUUCUCUCCGCGUGCUAGCAAUAGAUGUGCGAGGGACAGUUCGUGAUCGCCACAGCUACACGUCUAGCUACCACACCAACACACCCGUGCAGCACCUCCGCAUCGUCGGCAACGGGACCUCUCGGCAGCCCGACAUACGCUGGCUCGGCGAGGAGCCUGUCAACCUACGCACCCUCUUCCUAGCUGUGGCCGAGCUGGACGGCUGGAUCCCCUGUGUGGUGUGGUUGUUCGGUCAUCAUUUCUGGCGGGGACGCGUCACGAGCCUGCAGAUUGCGGUUGCGGGGCUGCGGCAUUACGAUGUCGACUUUGAAGCGAUGAUCGAGGAUUCGGAGAUGUGCCUUGGAUCGGACGCGCACAGAACGUGGCAAGAGAUGUCAGAGAGAGCGAAGAUGUACAGGAGGGGCGAGAAGUAUGCGCAAUCCUGUCUUGGGGCCUUGCGGUACGUAGCUAAGCGGGCGGGCGGGGAGGAAGUUGUGAAUAUAGGAGAGGCGCACCCAGGCGUGAGGCGAGUGACGAUGAGGAACUUGACGGACGAGGAGAAGAGGGUGUAUGACGUCGGUGCUGGCUUGAAUCGAAAACCCUGA